AGCUAGCGCCGCGCUCCGGCAGUUGCCCGUCGCGCCGGCCGCACUCCCGUUGUGCGUUUAGUGAGGUUUAGUGCCUCGCGGCAAAGUCGGAAACGUGCGGUGUGCCAUGGUGGACCGUUGGAUGGGUGUUCAAAUUUUACGGUUUACGUUAUGUGAUUUGUGGUUGUGUGACAACUUGUGGUUCUGUGGAGGAGGAGUAGGUUGUUGUAAUGGAUUCUCAGAAUAACAGCGUCGCGCCGAGCGGCGCCGCCAUGAGCCUGCCCGUGUCCAGCUAUGAGGAGCUGCUGGCGCGCGUCCGCAGCCUCACGCACGAGACCAUCCAGCUGCAGCGCGAGCUGGCGUCCCCGCUGCUGCAGCCGGGCCACGGCCUCGGCCACGGGCCCGCCCACGCCGCCACGGCCACCACCGUCGACCUCAACGACAACGCAGCGGUCGAUCUGCACGAGCCUAAUGACGAAGGAAAAGAAGUUGAUGAGUUGGCGUGCUUCUAUCACGUUGACGGCUCACUUGUGGUUCAGGACAAUAUUGUUCUCGUGCCACCUGCACCACCAUGCGGUUCAUAA